AGCUUUGUGCAACACAAGGCAAGCUGGAUUGGGAAACUACCCAGGACUCAUUAUUUGGGGGAAAAAGAAUAUUAUUAUUGUUAUUAUUAUUAUAUUAAUAUAAUUAUUUGGGUGGCAUGGAGGCCAUGCAGACUGCAGGGAGGAAUCCCCCAGGAAAGUGGGCUCGGGACAGGUCACUCACCGUGGUCAAUGAGGCUUACAACGUCAACAGCGGGCUCCUCUCCAUCGGCAAUGGCUUCACCAGCUUACGGCCCGAUGGUGGUGGUGGUGGCAGUGGCAGCAGCGGUGGUGAGAGCUCCAAAGAGAGUUCUAGGUGCUCCACGCCGGUGCUGGAACCCGAGCGUCAUGAGCGCCUGCGGGAGAAGAUGCGCCGGCGCCUGGAGUCUGGGGACAAGUGGUUCUCCCUCGAGUUCUUCCCACCCCGGACCGCAAGCGGGGCUGUCAACCUCAUCUCCAGGUUUGACCGCAUGGGCACGGGGGGCCCGCUCUUUGUGGACGUGACCUGGCACCCGGCGGGGGACCCCGGCUCGGACAAGGAGACCUCCUCCAUGAUGAUCGCCUCCACCGCCCUCAACUACUGCGGCCUGGAGACCGUCCUCCACAUGACCUGCGCCCACCAGACGCCCGCCUCCGUCAGCGCUCACCUGCGCAAGGCCAAGCGCCUCGGCCUCAAGAACAUCAUGGCCCUGCGCGGAGAUCCCAUUGGCGAAGAAUGGGAGGAGGAAGCUGGUGGCUUUAACUACGCAGCCGACUUGGUGAAGCACAUCCGGCGGGAGUUUGACGACUACUUCGACAUCUGUGUGGCGGGCUACCCCAAAGGCCACCCGGAGGCGGAGAGCUACGCAGACGACCUGAAGCACCUCAAGGAGAAGGUCUCUGCCGGGGCCGACUUCGUGGUCACGCAGCUCUUCUUCCGCGCUGAGACCUUCCUCUCCUUCCUGAAGGAUUGCCAGGCCGUCGGCAUCACCUGCCCCAUCGUCCCCGGGAUCUUCCCCAUCCAGGGCUACCACUCCCUGCGCCAGCUGGUCAAGCUCUCCAAGCUGGAGGUGCCCGAGGAGAUCACCGAGGUCAUCGAGCCCAUCAAGGACAACGACGCCGCCAUCCGCAACUAUGGCAUCGAGCUGGCCGUCCGCAUGUGCCGGGCCCUGCUGGACAGCGGACUCGUCCACGGGCUACACUUCUACACCCUCAACCGGGAGGUGGCCACCAUCGAGGUGCUCCGGCGUCUCGGCCUCUGGAACGAGGACCCCCGGCGACCCUUGCCCUGGGCAGUCAGCGCUCACCCCAAGCGGCGGGUGGAAGAUGUCCGGCCCAUUUUCUGGGCUUCCCGGCCGAAGAGCUACAUCUACCGGACCCAAGAGUGGGACGAGUUUCCCAACGGGCGCUGGGGCAACUCGUCCUCGCCGGCCUUUGGCGAACUGAAGGACUACUACCUGUUUUACCUGAAGAGCAAAUCUCCACGGGACGAGCUGCUGAAGAUGUGGGGAGAAGAGCUGACCAGCGAGGAGAGCGUCUUUGAGGUCUUCAGGUGUUACAUCGCAGGAGAACCCAACAGGAACGGGCACAAGGUGACCUGCUUGCCCUGGAAUGACGACCCUCUGGCAGCCGAGACCAACCUGAUGAAGGCGGAGCUGGCCAAGGUCAACCGGCUAGGCAUCUUGACCAUCAACUCCCAACCACGCAUCCACGGGAAGCCCUCCACCGACCCCGUCGUGGGCUGGGGGCCCCCGGGCGGAUACGUCUUCCAGAAGGCUUACCUGGAGUUCUUCACCUCCAGCGAGAACGUCAAGGCACUGCAGGCCGUGCUGAAGAAGUACGGGCAGCGGGUCAAUUACCACAUCGUCAACGUCAAGGGGGAGAACAUCACCAACGCCCACGACCUGCAGCCCAAUGCCGUGACCUGGGGCAUCUUCCCCGGCAGAGAGAUCAUCCAGCCCACGGUCGUGGACCCUGUCAGCUUCAUGUACUGGAAGGACGAGGCCUUUGCCUUGUGGAUCGAGCAGUGGGCCAAGCUCUAUGAGGAGGAGUCCCCCUCCCGCAUGAUCAUCCAGUACAUCCAUGACAACUACUUCCUGGUCAACCUGGUGGACAACGACUUCCCCCUGGAGAGCUGCCUCUGGCAGGUGCUGGAGGACAUGUAUCAGCUCCUGAACUGCCCGGCCGAAGCUGUCAGUUGCCCUCCAGGACAUUGAGGAGGUUGCAGUGGAAGACACACACCGCUGGGGGAGGCGCCUUGGCUACGCUUCCUCUGCCCCCCGCUCUCCCUUCAGACCUCAAAGGCUGGGAAGGAUCCCUGAGCUCCUUUUUGUUGGUACAAGUACCUUUACAGUUGGUGCGAGUGCCCUUUGGAUUGGUGGUACUAGGGUCCUAUUGAUAGGUAUGAGUACCCUUUGGAUUGGUAAACGUGUCCUUGGAUUGGUACUGGGUACCUAUCGAUGAGUAUGAGUGCCCUUUGGAUUGGGAAACACUCCCUUUAGAUUGAAAUGAGUGCCCUUUCGAUAGGUAUGAGUGCCCUUUUGAUAGGUACGAGUGCCCUUUGGAUUGAUACGAGUGCCCUUUGGAUUGGCAUAUACACCCUUUAGAUUGGUACAAGUGCCCUUUCGAUAGGUAUGAGUGCCCUUUGGAUUGAUACGAAUGCCUUCUCGAUGGUUAUGAGUACCGUUUCAAUAGGUAUGAGUGCUCUUUUGAUUGGCACGAGUGCUCUUUUUGAGUACCUUUCAAUGGGUAUGAAUACAGUUUUGAUAGGUACAAGUACCUUUCGAUGGGUACAAGUACCAUUUGAUGGCACAAGUACCUUUUCAGUAGGUAUGAGUGCAGUUUCGAUGAGUACGAGUACCUUUCCAAUGGGUAUGAAUGCCCUUUGGAUUGGUAUGUUUUUGAUUGGUACAAGUGCCCUUUCGAUGGGUGCAAGUUCCCUUUUGAUGGAUACGAGUGCCAUUCUGAUGGGUAUGAGUGCCUUUUCAAUGGGUACGAAUGCCCUUUGGAUUGGUAUGAGUACUGUUUGGAUGGGUACAAGUGCCUUUUGAUAGGUACAAGUGCCUUUUUGAUGGGUAUGAGUGCCUUUUCAACAGGUAUGAGUGCAGUUUUAUAGGUAUGAGUGCUUUUUCAAUGGGUAUGAGUACCUUUUUGAUGGGUACGAGUUUCCUUUCAAUGGGUACGAAUGCACUUUGGAUUGGUACAAGUACUGUUUUGACUGUUACAAGUGCCCUUUUGAUGGGUACGGGUACCUUUCCAAUGGGUACAAGUGCCUUUCGAUGGGUAUGAGUACCCUUCCUAUUAGGACGGAAACCUUCCCAACCCUUUCGGAGCCCCAAGGAGAGCUGGGCACCCUAACCCCCCUUCUGUACAUCUUGCCCUUCUAAAAACACAACCCAACAACUUGUCGUAUUUUUAAGACUUCAUCUCGGAAGCCCUUCUGCUUUGCCAUCGAUGGGAUUCGCCCCAUAAACAGCAACCCACCAACCCAUUGUACAUUUCAGACAUCAUAUCAAAAGCCUUCUGGCUUUUUGUCAACAGGAUUUUCCCCCAUAAAGAGCAAUCAAUGUGAAAUUCCUAAAACCAACCCACUGACACAUAAUAAUAAUGGCUGGCUAUCUAUGUGAUCUGCCUUCUCCCAAACACAACAGCCUUCUGAUCACCUAUUAAUACGAUUUGCCCCCUAAAGCACAACGCAUCGAUCCAUAAUAAUAAUAAUAAAUCGCUGCUUCAUAGCGAAGCAUUUUGACCGGCGGCGAAUGCGAUUUCUCUCGUUCGGAAGUUUCUCGUUCGGAAUCUCGAGACUUGGGGUAUCUUGGGUUUGAUUUAUAAUAUUUAUUUUGGUUUUUAUUACUAUUAUUAUAUUAUUAAUAAUAAUAAUAUUAAGAUGGUUUUAAAAAAAGUUUUUCUCUCUCAAUCGUGUAGGGCAUUUUUAUUAUUAUUAGUAAAAUUUGGAUAUGUGAGCACUUAUUUAAAAAUAAAAUAGUGGUGAAAAUGAAAUUAAAGCAGAAUUCUAACUCA